AUGGGACAUUUAAGGGAGCUUAAUUUACGUGAAAGUGGUAUUAAAGAACUCCCGGACAGCAUAGGGUAUUUGGAAUAUUAUCUUGAAAUUCUUGACCUCACAUAUUGCUUAAAAUUUGAGAAAUUUCCAGAGAUUAGAGGGAAUAUGAAAUGUUUGAAGAAACUUUCUUUACGUGAGACUGCUAUUAAGGAACUGCCAGAUAGCAUUGGGUCCUUGACAUCUCUCGAAAUUCUUUCUGUUACUGAAUGUCUAAAGUUUGAGAAAUUUUCAGAUAUAUUUACCAAUAUGAGACUUCUAAGGGAGCUUGAUUUAUCUCAGAGUGGUAUUAUGGAACUCCCUGAUAGCAUUGGAUAUUUAGAAUCUCUGAUAAGUCUUGACCUCUCAGAGUGCUCAAACUUUCAAAAAUUCCCUGAGAUCCAAGGAAACAUGAAAUGCUUAAAGAGACUUUCUUUAGAGAAGACUGCUAUUAAGGAAUUCCCAAACAGUAUUAGGCGCUUUGAGGCCCUUGAAACUCUUUUACUCGGUGGUUGCUCAAAUUUUGAGAAGUUGCUUGAGAUCCAGAAAAGUUCAAUAGGUCAUCUCACCCAAUUUCAUCGAUUAAAUUCGGAAAACUGUAGAAACUUGAGGAGUCCUUCAAAUAGUAUCUGUGGGUUGAAAUCCCUCAAACACCUCUCUCUUAAUGGUUGUUCAAAUGUAGAAACUUUUUGGGAGAUCACAGAGGAAAUGGAACAUUUAGAAUGCCUUUAUUUGAGUGAAAUGGCUAUAACAGAGCUGCCAUCAUCAAUUGAACAUCUAAGACGUCUUUGGAAAUUGGAAUUGUACAAAUGUGAGAAGCUUGUGAGUCUUCCCAGCAACAUUGGUAAUUUGACACGUCUUGAAAGUCUUUCUGUUCGUAAUUGUUCAAAGCUCCACAACUUGCCUGACAACUUGAGAAGCCUGCAAUGUUGCUUAAGAAGCCUAGAUCUAGGUGGUUGCAAUAUGAUGGAAGGAGAAAUCCCCGGCGAUUUAUGGUGCUUAUCCUUACUGCUAACUUUAGAUCAAUGCAAUAUUAUCAUUCCAGGAAGUAGUGGAAUACCAGAGUGGACCGCAUCAGAUUUCCCAUCUCUGCCUGAAGAGAGUUCAGAUGAAGAAGAUGAAGUGCAUGAAGUAGAUGAGCAUAUUAACCUGACCAAGGAGUUGGAGGAUGUGCAUUUAGGAGAGAAAGGCUCUCCCCACACGGUAGACAACUCGGUCUUGGGCUUGGAUGAGGGUGUUGAAGUUAGAAUGCCAAGUGAUGAGUUUGAGAGAAGUUCAGGAAAUGAAGAAAGCACAUUUAUGCUAUCGAAGGUUUCUCUUGGUACUGUAGAGGAACAAGGUGCUUUUGGUGGGAUACAUGAAGGACAAAGCCCUCAACUUACUGAUGGCUCUCCUCAAGUGAGCAUUGAUGGCUCUGGCAGGAGGGAUGAAGACGCAGGAAAGGCAAUCCAAGAUUUAGUUAUACAGCCGGUUAAUGGUCCUCAUACCUCGGUGCAUCUAAUGUUUUGA